AUGUUGCGCGCAGUCUUACAGGCCGCCACCGACCACGGGCUCCUUCUGGGCCGCCGCUUCCUGUCUGCCGCUGCCAUCCAGGCCGUGCCAGCGCCGAAUCAGCAGCCCGAGAUCUUCUACAAUAAGAUCUUCAUAGACAAUGAAUGGCAUGAUGCCGUCAGCAAGAAAACAUUCCCCACCGUCAACCCGUCUACUGGAGAGGUCAUCUGUCAGAUAGCUGAAGGGGACAAGGAGGACGUGGACAGAGCAGUGAAGGCUGCCCGGGCUGCUUUCCAGUUAGGUUCACCCUGGCGCCGGAUGAACGCAUCUGACAGGGGUCAGCUGCUGAACCGCCUGGCCGAUCUGAUUGAGCGGGACCGGACCUACCUGGCAGCUUUGGAGACUCUGGACAAUGGCAAGCCCUAUGUCAUCUCCUACCUGGUGGACUUGGACUUGGUCCUCAGGUGUCUCCGGUAUUAUGCAGGCUGGGCUGAUAAGUACCAUGGGAAAACCAUCCCCAUCGAUGGGGACUUCUUCAGCUACACUCGCCAUGAGCCUGUGGGGGUGUGUGGGCAGAUCAUCCCGUGGAACUUCCCGCUCCUGAUGCAAGCAUGGAAAUUGGGCCCAGCCUUGGCAACUGGCAACGUGGUUGUGAUGAAGGUAGCUGAGCAGACUCCGCUCACCGCCCUCUAUGUGGCCAAUCUGAUUAAGGAGGCUGGCUUUCCCCCUGGCGUAGUCAACAUUGUUCCUGGAUUCGGCCCCACAGCUGGUGCUGCCAUUGCUUCCCACCAGGAUGUGGACAAGGUGGCAUUCACAGGCUCCACUGAGGUUGGCCACCUAAUUCAGGUGGCUGCAGGGAGCAGCAACCUCAAGCGGGUAACUCUGGAGCUGGGGGGAAAGAGCCCCAACAUCAUCAUGUCGGAUGCCGACAUGGACUGGGCCGUGGAGCAGGCCCACUUCGCCCUGUUCUUCAACCAGGGCCAGUGCUGCUGUGCUGGCUCCCGGACCUUUGUGCAGGAGGACGUGUACGCCGAGUUCCUGGAGCGCAGCGUUGCCCGGGCCAAGUCUCGCGUGGUUGGAAACCCCUUUGAUAGUCAGACUGAGCAGGGGCCACAGGUGGAUGAAAUGCAGUUUAAGAAAAUCCUUGGCUAUAUCCAAUCUGGGAAGCAGGAAGGGGCAAAGCUGCUGUGUGGUGGUGGAGCUGCUGCUGACCGUGGCUACUUCAUCCAGCCCACUGUGUUUGGAGACGUGCAAGAUGGCAUGACCAUAGCAAAGGAGGAGAUCUUUGGACCGGUGAUGCAGAUCCUGAAGUUCAAGACCAUAGAAGAGGUCAUUGCGAGAGCCAACAAUUCCAAGUAUGGGCUGGCUGCAGCUGUCUUCACAAAGGACUUGGACAAGGCCAAUUAUCUGUCCCAAGCCCUCCAGGCUGGUACUGUGUGGAUCAACUGCUAUGAUGUGUUUGGGGCCCAAUCCCCGUUCGGUGGCUACAAGAUGUCUGGAAGUGGCCGUGAGCUUGGGGAAUAUGGCCUGCAGGCAUACACUGAAGUGAAAACCGUCACUGUCAAGGUUCCUCAAAAGAACUCAUAA